AUGGCCUCAGAACUAGCACUGUCCCUACCAUCCGGCGAUAAUCAUUUCGACGAAUUGAGAAUCAAGUCUACCUCAUUCAUACGGGACUUUGAUAUAUGGAUCUCCUCAAAAAAGGCUGAAUAUGUACAGGCUCGUACUCUUCAUCAACGGCAAGCUGUAUCCGAUGCAGACAAUCAGGAAAGGACAACAAGGCAAAUAGAUUCCUGUAUUGCUAAGGCUGCUGAGAUAUCGUCAGAUCAUCAUACCCAACGAAGAAACAUUGAAUCUAAUACACGAACAUUGGAAUCACUUCAAGAGAACGCCAAGGAACGAUCAUCUGCGAAACAAGAAUUGGAAAUCCGAGUCAACAAUCUGGCUUCAGAUAUUAAGAAGAGGAGAGAAGGUGUGCCUUACAUUGUCAAACCCUUUCAAGCUUUGUAUUAUGUUGCUUACAAGUACCUCUACAUCAUAGCAUUGGCACAACGACGUCGUAGUCGACUAGAACAAGUCCUAAACCUUCAACCAGAACUACAGGCUUAUGAAGAACGACUCAAGAUUCAUGUUGGAACAUUGAAAGAAAACCUGCUCCUGUUCAAAUUCACACACAUUAACGAACGUGAUCACAGCCAAGAAUAUCAAUUUGUGGUUGAUGUCAAUGAAAAAGCAUACAAAGUUGGACGAUCUGAACAAGAACGUAACGCUGCUGAAUGA